GUUAUUUAGUGACUUAAAAAUAACAUAAAUGUGUGGUUAUUCAUCUUUGCUAGGCCAUCUGAACAGUUAUCUCUGCAAUCCUCUGAAGUGCAGCGCCUCGUUGGAAAGAAUGAUCUCUUAGGCUGCCUAGAAUCAACAGAGCCGGGUGACAGCGGGUGCCUCUCCAAGUGUACACAGAUACCAAAAUAGGACCUCAGCAGCCCACUAUCGCGGCUCAACCUAAAUCGAGGUCUAGAUGUCUGAGCUGGUCGAGGGAGUUACACACGUUUGGAACACAACAAACGCGAAUAUUUGAAUGUCUAUGGGAGGGAUACCUGGCGCACAUCCACUAAAAAAGGUGCCAAUGUCAUCAAAAGGUCAGGAAAGUUACACCUAUGAAUUCUGUGACACCACUCACCCAACGGAACUCCUGGACACGCUCCGGGAAUUCUACACCUGCGGACUUUUCACCGACAUAGCGCUCACGUGCGCCUCCGGUCAAGUUUACCGCUGCCACAAAGCCGUCCUGUCCGCACGCAGUUCUUACUUCCGAGUCAUGUUCACGCUUGACAUGCGGGAACGCUCGAACGAGCUCAUCAACCUGCCUGGUGUAGACGGUGACAUCCUCGACGCUCUCAUCACCUACGUAUACACAUCCAGAGUUACCAUAACCCAAAAUAACGUCCAGAGCCUCCUAGAAGCAUCAGACUUGCUGCAGUUCUCCGCGGUCAAGAGGGCCUGUGAGGAGUUCCUUAUCCGGCUGCUGGAUGUGGACAACUGCCUGGGCAUGCACUCCUUAGCAGAGCUCCACGUGUGCGUGGCCCUGGAGAGGGAGGCGCGCAGGGUGAUGCUCAGCCGCUUUGAGGAGCUCAUCCAACAGGACGAGUUCUUAGAGGCCGACCAGAAGAAGCUCACCACCGUCCUGGCCGCCGAGAACCUCAACGCCUGGCGGGAGGAGCUACUGCUGGAGGCAGUGGUCAGGUGGGUCGCCCAUGACCCAAGGUCUCGCCUGGAUUGCACCCAAGAACUACUCCGCUGUGUUCACCUGGAGCUUGACGAGACACGCUUCGGCGGCGCGCUGGACGCUGGUCACAGGGCCGUGGAGCUGGGCAGCGAGGAAAAACUCCGCGCCCUGAUCCUCCACUCCCUCAAAGCCAGCAGCAAGGGGUUUGCCCUUGGCUGCAAGAAACUAGCCUCCAGUAUGUACAUCGUAGGUGGCUACUACUGGCAUCCACUCUACGAGGUCCACAUAUGGGACCCCAUCUCUGACACCUGGGUUCAGGGCAAAGACAUGCCUGACUAUGGCAGAGAGAGCUACAGCAUCUCACUGCUGGGCCCAAACAUCUAUGUGACUGGAGGCUACAGAACAGAGACCAUAGAGGCCCUGGACACUGUGUGGAUCUACAAUGUGGAUGGCGAUGAGUGGGCAGAGGGCUGCCCCAUGAUCACGCCCAGAUACUACCACUGCUCGGUGACUGUGCGGGGGUGCAUAUAUGCCAUGGGGGGGUACAGGGGUGGGGCCCCUGCACGGGAGGCAGAAUUUUACGAUCCACUGAAAAAGGAAUGGUUCCCAGUGGCAGACAUGAUACAAGGAGUUGGAAAUGCCACAGCUUGUGUUUUGAAUGACCGGAUCUAUGUGACUGGUGGUCACUAUGGCUACAGAGGAACUUGUACAUAUGAAAAAAUUCAGAUGUACAGACCAGACAUCAAUGAAUGGAGCAUUGCAACCAUUUGUCCUCAUCCUGAGUAUGGGCUGUGCUCGGUGUCCCUGGACAACAAGCUGUACCUGGUGGGAGGCCAGACGACCAUCACCGACUGCUACGACCCUGAGCGGGACGAGUGGCGGCAGAUGUCCGUGAUGAAGGAGAGGCGGAUGGAGUGUGGCGCCGCCAUCAUCAACGGCUGUAUCUACGUGACGGGUGGCUACUCGUACUCAAAGGGCACGUACCUGCAGAGCGUCGAGAAGUACGACCCCGAGCUGGACACCUGGGCUAUCGUGGGCAACCUCCCCACUGCCACCAGGUCUCACGGCUGUGUCUGUUUCUAUGGCGUUUAAUACUGGAGUUGGGCAUUCAGUGUUACCUUGUGUGGUGCUCAAUGUUUCUGGUAAAAGUUAACUUUAGGUUAAUGUGAUAUAGUUAUUAACAAAUAAGUUUAGGUUAAUGUGGUGUUAUUUUUUAAGAAUAAUUUUAGGUGAGUGUGAUAACUUUCUGCUAAACCAGCUUAGAGUGUAUCUCAGGUGAGAGCUGCAGUCCAGCAUGUAUUUGAGCCAAAAGGAUGCAGCUACUGACUGCCAUCUACUGUUGAUGAAGGUACACAACCCCAGAUUACCUCUGUCAUAGCAGGUGCUGUUCUCCUUGUACUUAUAGAUAAGAAAGUUAAAAAAGUAAAUCUACUUUAUCAACCAAAAUAUGCCUUGUUGGCUAAUACGGUUAACAGAUUGUUGACAUCUAUACUGUAAAUAUAGUCAUAAUACCUAAAAAAAAUGCCUUGAAUAAGAUUAGAGUAAAUAGUUCCAACUACUUGAUGGCCACAGCUGUACUAAGAGUUGCCACUUUUUCAUAAUAAGAUCAAUUCUGACACAAAGGCACACUGAAAGAUUUUACAAUAUAGUGUUGGAUAGUUAAGACAAUUAAGGAUGAUGUUUUAUGCAACCACUGGUAAUGCAGCCCGGACCAGUUUAACAGGUUUUGGGGCAAACAUUUAUUUGUUCUUCUUACUGUUUCUCUGUACAAGCCAAUAAGGUAAAAUUGUGUACCUGACAAGUUUCGGCUACCUUGCCUCUGUAGCCUUCAUCAGAGGUGUCACACACGGAACACACGGAAAAAAGAAAGAAAUGGGUAUGUAAUCUUUCACAACGAAAACUAACAGCAACGGAAAGCAGUGUGUUGUCUUGGGGUCUUAACUUUGCCACAACACCAAUAAACAUCCCAUACGAAGAAUUCAUCGUAGCAACAGAGUUAGCAUGUCAGAAGAUAACAAACCAAGGCGACAAAGCUGGUUUACGCAAUGAAAUAGCGGGGAUACUGAAGUCUGCCAAAAUGACACACAGGAACACAAGCAGGGAAGAAUGGAAGGCUAUACAGUCAAUAGCCAAAGACAAAACCAUCAAAGUGCUACCCGCAGACAAAGGCAGAACAACAGUCAUCAUGGACACAGAACAAUACGAAAAACAAAUGAUAGACAUGCUGGGCGAUAAAGACACGUAUGAAAUCUUAAAGAGGGACCCUACAGAGGAGAAAAGGAAGAAACUGAAGACUCUGCUGAACCCAUUAGUGGACCAGAGAAAAAUAGACAAGGACAAUUACAAGUACUUAGUACCUACAGCCAGUAUCACUCCCAGAAUAUAUGGCACCCCCAAAAUUCAC